AUGAUGGUUUUGAAGAUAAUGGCAGCGGUCUCGGUGGCUCCUCUGAACCAGGACUCUGAAGAUGACGACGACUGGGCUACAGACGACUUGGAUCCUCUACCGCCCAAGACAGACCCUAGAGAUGGGAAUGGGAUCCACCAGUUGAUUGGGGGAAGAAAAGCAUCCAAGGCGACUUUUGCCAUGGCGAGGCAUAUUACUGCCAUCGUGCUCCCCGUCUCGCUCCGGCCGGUCAUUCCGGGUACCUCGGAGUUCCGGAAUAAUACCACUGACGAGUGGCUCCAUGGACCCAGCUACAGCCUUAUCACGGCCGAUUUGACUUUGAGGAGGUCUUAG